UGUCGUUCUGAUUGGCAACGACGACGACAACAAUAACAACAACAACAACAAUAACAGUAACAACAACAACGACAACGACAUUAAUAACAGUAGAUAUAUACCCGUUGGAGAGAGGGGAGAGCCAGCCGGGCAUGGAUCAAAAAGGAAGACAUCCUGCAGUCCGUGUUUUUCGCGUUCGCCGCCUGUGAUCGUUGUCGUCUUUGCUGCUGUGAUAUACGUGACGUGUGCCGUGUCUCGCGAGACGGUCUCCCAACUCUACCUACGUCCAUGUAUCGCCGGUAGGGCGGCAGAGGGGAGGGGGCGGGCCCUUCGGGAAAGCAACGAGGCGAGAAGACAACUAGUCGUACGCAGAUAGCCGCGCUGUCAAGUCGCACGAUACGAGAACUCCAAACGUUCUUUCCCUUUCUUACUCUCGCUCUCUCUGUUUGUGUGUGUCUACUUGUUCCGGACUUUAGACACCGUUGUAUAUUUUUUCGAUUUUUCACACGGAUACGUUACGGGUAUUCAGUUGGAUUGCAGUGUGUGCGUGUUCUACUGAUAGCCGGCUUAUUUGUCCAACGAUUGGUCCGCGUCGAUUAUUUUGUGUCAAAGCGCCGCGAUCAAAACUUGGUCUCGCAUCCGCGCAUGUGCGAUCACUCGGUAACGCUACCGGCGAUUCGCGUGCCCGGUGAAACAACGAUCCGAUUGUCCUGCUCGCACUGUGAUCCUAGUCGAUACGAUCAUCCACCGUCUCGUGGCUUCCACGAUCAGUUUGAACCUCGUGUGUGCUUGCUGUUGUUUCGUGUCACGUUGUAAAAGCUGGAUUUAUCAGUGACCACGCAACCAAAGGAUAGAAAAAGGAUAGAGAAAGGGGACGUUACAGUGGUUUUGUUGUUUCGCGAGUAACACGAAUGCAACAGUGACAGCCGAGAAUUUUUUCUUUUUCACGCAACACGCGCAGACCCACGUUUCGUCACAUUUUUUACGAUGGUUCGGACGUAGUACGCACGAUCGAAACAGGAUUUACUUUCUGCGGUGGUGCGCGAUGGUUUUCUUUAUGAACGUGUGCCGUAGAAAAACGUGACUGGUGAUCGAUAUUGUACGUGCCAAGGGAAUACAGUGUGUUUUCUUUCGGGCUUAUGCUUUCCACUUCAUCGUUGUCGUCAUCGUCGUUGUGCUUGUCGUUGUAUCGUCAUUUUUACCGACAACAUCGUACACAGUCGUUGGUACCGUAGCAUACGAGAGUACCACGACCUUGCACGACGUACACCGUUACCGCUUCGAAACUUAAAGGGGGCAGCCUAACCAAUAAACCGAUAAACCGCCGUUGUUCUGUCGCAUACACACCAGCCGCGAAAAAGAAAUAAAAGAGAAAAGGAAAGAGAAAAAGAAAAGAAAGAAAUACUCGUGAUAUUCACCACGGUGGCUAGAACUAGGAGAAUUCACAGGCAAUUCAUAUAUGAGCCGAUACGCCACAAGCACGUUCCUCCGUGCAGCACUUGCGCAAGGGUGAUAUGUUAUUGGAGAUGGAGCAGCAUUCGGGCUUGAUAUCCCUGAAUAUGUCGCCGUUUCAUCUAAGCCCACAGGGUAGUCCCCAAGGUGCGGCCGGGGCUGGUCAACAACAGCAACAACCACAACAGCAACAACAACCGCAAUACGGUUCGUCGCCGUAUGGGAAUUGCGCUCAAAGCCCACCGACGACAAUGUGUCAUCAGUCACAGUCGCAACAACAGCCGCAGCAACAGCAACAGUUGCCGGUACACAGUCAGUCGCACUCGCAGGGUGGUAUCUCGGGUUUCGACGCCGCGUUCUUCGAUUCCACAGCUCUCGAAGAACGAUGUCCCAUGUGUGGCGACAAAAUGUCCGGUUAUCAGUACGGUUUGCUGACGUGCGAGUCGUGUAAAGGUUUUUUCAAACGUAACAACUCACCGUGCAGUAGUAAAAAAGUAUACACGUGCUUAUUCUCGCCGACUGGAGGUGGGGGAGGUGGGGGCGGAGGUGGUGGUGGUGGAGGAGGUGGUGGAGGCGGCGGAAGUGGUGGAAACGGUAGCAACGGUGGUAACAACGGUGGAAGCGGUAGCUGUGGCGGCGGCGGCGGCGGCGGCGGCGGCGCAACAUCGGCGUUAGAGAUCGGAUCUUGCGGCAACAAGAAGGUGUACACGUGUCUGUUCUCGCCAACAGGAGCCGGAAGCGGCACUGGCGGCGGCGGUGGAGGCAACAAUGGCGCGGCGAAUGGCGGUGGAGGUGGUGGUUGCGGUACGUCGACAGCCCUCGAGAGUAGCGGCGGCAGCAGUUACGGUGGUGGCGGUGCCGCCGGACCCGGAGGCGGCGGAGGAGCGGGUGGAGGCGGUGGAGCGGGUGCCGCUGGCGGCAGUGGGCCCACCGCAGGGAAUGCAGCUGCUGGCGGCGGCGGUAGCGGUAGUGGCGCGGCCGGCAGCGGCGGAAAUGGCGGCGGAUCCGCUACGGUAAGCGGCAAUGUCGCGAUACCAACUACCACCUAUUCAUUACCAACUGGUACCAUCUGUCAUCCUGGGUUGGGCCAGGUCGGGGUUGGUGUCGUGACCGGCUCGAUACCGUGUCCGUCCGAAUUCCCCGACACCAAGGACAUCAUCAUUGAAGAGCUCUGUCCGGUCUGCGGCGACAAGGUCUCCGGAUACCAUUACGGGCUACUCACCUGCGAAUCCUGCAAGGGUUUCUUCAAGCGCACCGUCCAAAACAAGAAGGUCUACACGUGCGUCGCCGAGAGGUCCUGUCACAUCGACAAAACGCAACGGAAGCGGUGUCCCUACUGUCGUUUUCAGAAGUGCCUCGAAGUCGGCAUGAAGCUUGAGGCCGUGCGGGCGGACCGAAUGAGAGGUGGUAGGAAUAAAUUUGGACCUAUGUACAAGAGAGACCGAGCGCGGAAGCUACAAAUGAUGAGACAACGGCAGCUGGCACUGCAAACGAUACGCGGCAGCCUCGGUGACCCAUCGAACUAUCCCUCCGCCGUAACGCCUUUCCUGCAUAUUAAACAGGAAAUACAAAUACCUCAGGUCUCGAGUCUAACGUCUUCUCCAGAUUCGAGUCCAUCCCCCGCAGCCGUGGCCGCUGGUCUGGUCACGACACAAGCUGGCAGCGGAGCUGGUCAGCAUCAACUGAUCGCACCGUCCUCCCAGCCAAACAUUUCUGGCGGUAAUCACCUGCACAACCUCAACCCUGGCCUGGAUAGCAAGCUAUGGGCUGCCAAUUCCACCACCCCUAGCCCGAAGGCCUUCAACUUCGGCGAACAGUCCACUCACGGGGCCGCUGGUUCCGCACCCUCUACCGCCACGUUGAAAACUAGUCCGAUGAUAAGAGACUUCGUUCAAACGGUCGAUGAUCGCGAGUGGCAGUCAUCCCUUUUUGGACUGUUACAAAAUCAAACGUACAAUCAGUGUGAAGUGGACUUGUUCGAAUUAAUGUGCAAAGUGCUCGAUCAGAAUCUGUUCUCGCAGGUGGACUGGGCAAGGAAUUCGGUAUUCUUCAAGGAUCUCAAGGUUGAUGACCAAAUGAAGUUGCUACAGCACUCCUGGUCGGAUAUGUUGGUGCUCGACCAUCUUCAUCAAAGGUUACACAAUAAUCUACCUGAUGAGACUACGCUUCAUAAUGGCCAAAAGUUUGAUCUCCUUUGCCUCGGCCUACUUGGAGUUCCUUCUUUGGCAGACCUUUUCAAUGAUUUGUCGUCCAAACUUCAGGAACUCAAAUUUGAUCUUUCAGACUAUAUAUGCAUGAAAUUCUUGAUGCUGCUCAAUCAUGAAGUUCGUGGGUUAGUUAACAAGAAACAUGUACAAGAUGGACACGAACAAGUCCAACAAGCUCUUUUGGAUUACACGUUGACAUGUUAUCCUUCUAUACCGGAUAAAUUUAACAAGCUGCUAGCAGUAUUACCUGGAAUCCAUGUGGUAGCGAGCAGGGGAGAAGAUCACCUUUAUCAGAAGCAUUGUAGCGGUGGAGCACCAACUCAAACUCUUCUCAUGGAAAUGCUUCAUGCUAAAAGAAAAUGAAACGAUAAAUUCGUUUGGCACUUUUGCCAUGAAUUAGUCUAUUGCUAUAUCUAAAAAAUCAAGAUAGAGCCCCUUAUUGUCAGAGUGGACCUCAAGUACCUAUUAAGAGCUAAUGUUGCUUAGGUAUUGGACCAAGUUCGGGGCCUGGUUCAAGAGAUACCUAGGCAAACAAAUCAAGUAUAGACGUACAUACUUUACAUAUAUACAUAAUAUAUGUAUUAUAAAGUGUAUCUAAAUAUAUAAACAUAAUGACAUAUAUUUUCUAUAUUUGAUGUUGAAGUUUUAGAGAUGUAUCCAUGGAGAAUUAUUACCCCUGUUGAUGGGUACAAGCGCAGGGAAACAGUAAGCAAGAUGCCUUGAAAACAGUACAAAGGGUGGUUAACAAAAUAUUGGUCAAAGGGCAGGCAACUUUUGUCUAAAUAAGUAAAGCUAUUUUUCUAAUACUAGAAGCGAUUAUUUUUAAGCAUAUACCACUGAAGCCUUGCUCUCAUUUUAACAAAAAGAUAAUCCUAAUAGUAACGAACGAAAGAAAUUGUCGACUCUCCAGUCAAUCGUGCUUCUGCAAGGGAUUCAAUGGGCAUACUUGAACGACAGUAAAAUUUCAUGUGAUAUACUUAUAUAUACAUAUAUACAUAUAUGUCGCACGGCCACCUGGGCAUCCUUAGAACUUCCUAUGAAAAAUCUGCAUUUUGUCACACUUGCACACAGCAGGGCUACUAUAUUGUAAAUACUAGUUAACACAUUCCAAUUACGUUGUAAAGUAUGAAUCAUGUUAAAUAUGUAAUUAUAAUAUUUUGUGUAUAGUUUAAUGAAAUAAAUAUAUUUCUGUUGCUUACUGAGACAAAAUCAUUAGCUACUUAAUGUCUUCACUAAUUUUAGAGUUUUAUUCAUGUAUUUCUCUUUUAUUAUUUUUCAAAUAGGUGGCGGAAAAAGAAUAACCACAAAUUGCGAUAUUUUAUUAUUGUAUAUUGUAUCAUAAUAAAGAUUCUGUUUUAAGAAAUAAAAGAAUCAUUGGAGCAAGGUUUAUGUGGUCCUACAUUAUCUAGCGAUUAAUAUUAAGUAUAUAAGAUCAAUAUUGUCUUAUCGCAGUUGUUAAAUAGAUAAAUAUUUACUGAAUGUUAAGAUAGCGAUCGAACGUAGUAAUUUUUCACUAAUAGAUUAUUAUUGUUUAGUCAAUAGUCAGAAACUUUUCAGUGCUGUGAAGGUUGUCUUUUCGACGCCUGUGGUAUCUAAGCCAUCGGUAAUUACACGUGCUAGAUUCGAGGCUCAAGUGUGGCAACAGGAACAGAAAUCUUUGCUCGUACUGGUAGGCUGGUAGUACCACCCUUUGCAACUCCUACUGUUUAUAUCCUCUAUCAAAGAAGUACCUGGGAAAAAUGCUAUUUUACUACUUUCACUUUUCCACCGACUUCGAUAUAAGAUAUUAAAUAUAGAUUUAAACGAUUUAUUGAUGUAUGUAAAAAGAAAACUCGAUGCCACAUUAGAUUAAGAAUCGAGUGUUGAAUCAAAUCAGGAGGAGUAGCUGCGAGUAUUACUACCAUGAAAGAAUAUAUAUACAUAAGAAUAUAUAUUUUCAGAAGCUUGCAUGUACUUAUCGUGUGAGUAAAGAUUUGUGUCCAUGGAAAAAUUUUUGAAAUCUUCGAUAUAAAUGCAAAAUAUAUAUUGACAUGUUCCCAAAUUUUCAAAUCGCCUGGUUCUUUUAAUUGAUCGAUCGAAAAAAAACUAGCUUGCAUUAUUAUUGGCUCUUUAAAUAAUACUUUCAAAACGGAUUGCCUUUAUUUAACUCGCAUAUAAAUGUCUACCUCUUCAUAACUGUAUUAAGUCUUACAUUUUUACAUUUUUAGUAAACCACAUACCUCAGAAUAGACACCCAGAUAGCAAAUUAAAUGGAAUGUAUGAAUGUUACCUACGUAGAUUUAAAGUCUACGACUUCUGUAAUAUGCGUAUCGACAGAAUAUAAAAGUUCCAUUCAAGUAUUGUACCCGUUAUAUUUCCAUGUUAACUAUUUUAGUUAUUAUUAUAUUUAUUCCAAAUUAGAUUAUAUUUCUUUACGAUAUGUGUACGAUAUAUUCCAAUCGAAAUUUAAAAGUUAUCAACGAAAUCUCUAAAGUCAUGUUUAAUCUUGUGUUGCUGUUUGGGUAAAAUCAAGUAAUAUUUUAUUUAUUGUACAUUCAUUUAUCUUCAAGAGUUCUUGUAGAACGUGUCGGUCUGAUAAUUUUGGAACAACUUACAAAAAUCGCAAACACAACUGUCUCAAAAAAAUGAAAAUUGUCUCUUCUAAAUAUUGUCCCCAAAUCGAUGAUCUUUGUAUGUGUCCAUCCUAUUUAAUCGUCCGCUCGAUUCUGUUAUAAAGUGUUUAUUAAUAAUUGUAAUUAGGAAAUAUAAUAGUGGUGUUAUAAGCAUUGUGUUAAAUAUGUACAGUUACCAAUUAUAAUUGGCAAACAAUCUAAUUUAAUAUCGAUGUGAUUUUUUGAUCCAAUAAAUAAUUGGAAUUAACAUUAAAUGAUAAACUAUUAUGCGUUGUUGACACUGCCAUUAGGAGUUGGCAAUUGUAAAUUAUGUAGAAAAAAAAUGAUUGAUUGUAAAUAUAUCUUUAUUAUUAA